AUGCUGGUAAAUUGGUUUACGAUUUGCCUCGUCGCAAUACUAUUAAUAGUGACCCAUGGAAGUGAGAGAAAAUGCCCGGUGGAGUGUACGUGUGGCCUGGAUGAGGAGAAACGCUUUCAAACUGUUUGCACAAAAGGUGGCCUUUCACAUUUUCCCUUCGAAAAUAUUGACAAGGAUGUACAGGUCAUUAUUAUCCAAGGACCAAGAAAUUCCGUAACGAUUGGUCAAUUCUUGCGGAAUUUUCUCAAGUUGGAAGAAAUGCGUAUAACCGAUUCCAAUGUACCCGUUAUUGGACCGGAAAGUUUAUGGGGUCUGCAGCAUUUGAAAAUUCUGGAUUUCUCCCGGAAUAACAUUUCACUGGUACAACAGAGUCAUUUUCGUGGACAAAAUAACUUGCUGGAAUUGGAUUUAUCGAAAAAUAAAAUAAUUACCAUGGCCAGUUCGGUAUUUUGUAAUUUAACGGAAUUACGACGUCUCAAUUUGGCUGACAAUUCAAUUGGUGAAUUGGUUCAACGCAUAUUUUUCAUGUUGAGCAAAUUGAAAUAUUUAGAUUUGAGUGGUAAUCCCCUGCAAGAGCUGCCGCCAGAUGUCUUUCGCGAUGUGCCACAACUGAAAGUGUUCAAAUGCCGCAACUGUCAGUUGAAGAAAAUCAAUCCUCAGCUAUACAAUUUAUUGCCGCAAUUGACUGAGCUCGAUUUGGGAAGAAAUGAGUUUAAAUUUCUUGACAAAGAUGAAUUUCGUGACAUCAAACAUUUGAGGAAACUUCAAUUGGAUGGUAAUCAAUUGUCUGUGGUUGUCGAUGAACUAUUUCGUUCACAGAAAAAUCUCCAGCAUUUGGAUUUGUCCUACAAUCGGUUGGCCAAAGUUCCCAGCGAUUCGUUUCUAAGUUUGACUAAUUUGACUUUUCUGGAUUUGUCGUAUAACAAAUUGGUGCGUUUAGAACCGCAGUCAGUGAGGCGUCUUAGCCAUUUGCAAACUCUGAAUAUAAGUGGCAACGUGCACAUGAAUCUCCAUGAAAUACGAGAAACAUUUGAUCUUUUGCCGCACCUGACACAUCUCUCGAUUGCCGAUAUGAAUAUAUUGCCGGUUGGUUUGUUAAAUCCAUUUAAGCAUUUACGUUAUUUGAAUAUAUCCGGUAAUCAUUUGGAUGUUAUGUCCUUGCAAGUUAUUGAGCCCUGCCAGGAGCUGGAGUUCCUAGAUCUCUCACGCAAUCAAUUGCAUGGAAUUAAUGAAGAGCUCGUGUUACGUAUCAAAGCUAUUCGCAAUGUUCGAUUGGAUAACAACCCUCUGAUAUGUGAUGAAUGUCACAUGGGCAAAUUAAUCGAUGUUGUGCGACAGUUACAAUGGAAAUGGGAAACAUAUCCGAUUUGUUUUCUACCAAAAACUUUACGGGGUGCCGAGAUAACGGACUUGGAUGCAAAUGGCUUGGAUUCCUGUUUGGAAUACAUUACCGAUGAGGAACAGAAUGCAGCCAGUACAUCACACAAUUUUCUUGAAGCGGGUGGUCUCAACACUCUUGCCAUUCUGGGCGGUGUUAUAUUUGUUCUAAUUGCCAUCAUAAUAAUCUCGGUGGCAAUCUGUUUUUCGAGAAAUCGUGCACGGUACUAUACACGAGAGGAUCAUCUUAAUGGAAGUGAAGACAAAUGCCUGGAAAAGAAUCUGGAAACGACCACUACAUCCAUUACUGCCCAUAGCAAUGGCUCGGCCACAGCAUCACCCACAAAUGGCACCAUGAAAAAGACUCCCCUAAAUGCCAACGGGAACGGCUAUGAAAGUAUGGCCUCGGAGCCACUGAAUCCCAGCAAGAGCACCAACGAUAACGUGGAGGCCCAGGCAAAUGAAAUAAAUUUCAAAUUCCCCAUUGAUGAUCGCGUCUGUACCAUUGAUGAACUGAUAGUUGUACCAUCAACGGCACCACAGUUGCCCAGCACAAAACCACCACCACAAACAAUGAUGAUGAUGUCAUCUGCAACUGGCGGCAACUCCUCCAAUCCCUCGGGAGUUGCAAUGUCAGCAUUGGAAUCUUCAAGUUGUAGUAACUUAAAUUUAAGAUACUUAGCAACACCUCUUAACUGUGGCAGUACCACAGCUCAGGCUGCUGUGGCUGCUGCCGCCACAGUUAUACCACCGGGGGCACCAUCUGCUGGAGGGACAACCACAAUGCUGGGUACGCCCUUAACACCAGCGCAUCACCAGCUCAGCAGUGGCAGCAGCAGCAGCAGCAGCAAGACAAUGCCACCGGAGGCAAUAGUUGUAGUACUGCCGCCACCAACCGCCACAAUAAUAUCAUCCGAACAACUGCCACAGCAACAGCAUCAACGUCAGCAGCCGCAGCAACAACAACAGCAAUUGUUGCACUUAACCACACUUGAACCAUUGGUCAGCGUUAACUGACCCCAGGGCAUUAUGGGCCACUCCGGCAAUACAAUGCGCAACACAACAGGACUGAUGGCAACAACGACACUGAUGCCAUCACAUUUAAGCGGAGAUUAUCAUUCGCAACACCAGCAGCAACAGCAACAACAACACACCACCAUCUCACAUACAUAGAUAAUGAAUAGACUUUUCCCAAUGGGAAGAGAUGCUACAACUUAAACUCUCACUCUCUCUCCCUCUCACACCAACACACACUUUCUCUGAGCUCUGAUACAGAGCAAACAAAAAAUCAUAACAUUGUACAAAGAGUAACAUCGUCAUCAUCAUCAUCGCCAUCAACGGUUCGUAUAAAUGUUUCGUUGCAACCAUUGUAGCCAUAAUACAAUUAAAGCAUAUAUACAACACUAACACACCCAAACACACUCUUACACAUCGUCAUCGUUAUCAUAAAACAUUAAUAACAUGUGAAUAUAACGAAAAAAAAAAAACAGAAACGCGCAACUUCAGCACAUGUGGCAUGGCCCAUGGAGCCACAUACAUCCAUCGAUGCUGUUCUUCAUUACUGUAAAUUACUGUGAGUGUUUAUAAUCCGGGAUAUUAAACUAAAAUGUCGGUUGGUCUAGUGUCAAUAGAAAUUUCAAAUUAAAUUCUCACAAAUUAACUAAACUAACCGCAACAUUACACAUACAUACAUACAACAAUCAAAUAAUUGCAAUGUAAUUAUGUUGAAAUGAGUUUUUGGU